AACGCGGAAGUGCUCAGCAGAACCAUCAGUACACACAGUGAGUUACAUUGAUGACAACAUGGUUCGAUGUUUCCUGAUCCACACGGUCUGCCCGCUCUCUGCUCUCGGUACCGGGGAGGCUCGGAUGCUGUACUCCCGGCUGUUUGGACCGGAUGAAGGGAUGCUGUCCGACAAAGGGCUCACCCCGGAGGAGAGAAGAGUUCUGCAGAAGGAGAAGAUAGCUGUGGUGGCAAGGCAGGUCCGAAGCGCCGUCGCUCUGUCCCGGGAGGCUUCAGGUCGGCCGCUGGUGGAGACGGUGCCCGGCGAGGAGGCGCUGGCCCUGCAGGAGGCCGACGGCGGGGUGGUGCGCCUGAGAGCCGGAGACCCCUUCUCUGAGGAGAUGAGCGCUCUGUGGCUGGGGGUCCAGAGUUUGGGCUUCACGCUGGUUUGUGAGCCCCACGAGAACCUCCUGCUGGCCGAGGGGACCCUGCGCAACCUGACCCGACACUGCCUGGAGCACCUGCACAUGCUGGGGCAGGGCAGCGAGGUCCUGCUGAGGAGCAACCGUAUCGACGCUCUGCUCAGCCGCCUGCUUCCUCACGGGCAGCUCCUCUUCCUCAACCACCGCUUCGGCCAGAGUCUGGAGAAGGAGGUAGCGGCAUACAUGGCCAAGUGACCCGGAGCGGCCACGGUACACGAUCAACUCACCACGCUUCCAGUUUGAGCUCAGUGAGCGCUAGCUGUUACCGCUAGCUUUGAAACAAACAAGGCUGACUGUUGUUUACCUUCAGGUGACAUUUCUGCGGCGGGAGAAGAGGAACGGACUAGUGGCAGCUGCUGUUUCAGAUUGCAUGAGGUGGUAAACACACAGAGUGGUAAAUAUCUCCCUCAGCCACUCGCAGCUCACUGUUUACUGUGUGGGAGGCUUCAGUUCAAAUCCUGUUUGUCAAAUUGAAGAGUGGAAAGAAAAAUGUGGCAGAUUAGGGAGUGCAGCUGAAGAGGCCAGUGAAAAGCUACUCAUCAACAUCAAAGACGGCUAUUUAUCUGAUUCACCGUACUUGAAAUGUCGCAGUGUGACCUUGAGGAAUCAGGCUUGACCUUGUUUUUGAGAAUUCGGGGAGUACGAAUGAAUCUCAAAGUGCUUUAUUGCCUCAGCGUGGCCUCUAAUGCACCUUUUGUUCCUGAGGAGUAGGAGGACGUCAGGAUGGGGCUUUUUAAUGUUUUGGUGCAGUACAAAGUAUGAUUCAUCUCAUCGUAAACAAAACAGCAGAAAUUGAGCAUAGAAAGAUCAAAGUCAGACCGGUUUAAUGUCAUUUUGAGCCAGAAAUGUCACAAUUCUUGAGACGUCGAGGACAAUGAAAAAAAAGGCUGGAAGUGACAUGAAAUAUUGUAGAACCACAAUGAAAGACGUGCAGAACACAGAGCACAUCAGGAAAUGAUGACUAAAAAACAACAACCAAAACGAAAACAUCCAGACACAACAUUUAACAAAUGUAUUCCUGUAUGCUGUGAACAUCUGUUGUACUUCCGACUGCGGCCGCCCCCAUGAAGCCCAGACUCUCCGGCUCCUCCUCCCGGCCUCACAAAAGCCUUUUAAACCCCAGUUUUUGUGCUGGAAACCAAAAUCCCAAACCCAGAGCUGUGAUUUUUAGGUCUGGAGGGGGGGAUAUAUAUAUUUGUCUGUAUGCCAACAUCAGUUACUUUGAUCUUCUCCUUUCUUUUUUUCCUGUAUUAAAAAAUAAAACUCAGUUCUAGCAUUA